AUUGUUUUGUUUAUGAACACUAGGGGGUAUUUAAAAUGACAUUAGUGACAGUCAAAUGACUUCAAUUAGCAAUAUUAUCGGACAUCUAACUUAAGUCUAAAAUUGAACAUUGUCUCAAUAUUCAAGAAGAAAGAUGCCGUGAAUUCCAAGAUGACUGAUAUCGAGGACAUUCAUCGGUGACACCACUCACUGACGAUUGAACUGUGAUUUAGUUUGAAGUUUGAUUUUUCAUUAGUUUAGUCGACCUUGCGUCCAGUCUUUCAGUCGAAUCAUACUUAACCUAUAAGCGUGGACAUGGAACAGAUUCCUCCACCUGCAAUCGAAACGGUUUCCAGCCAGAAAUCGUUACCAUCGUCUUACGAUUCCGGAUGGAAUGAUCCUCCAGAAUGGGCGAUGUCUUCGCAACGUGGUUCUUCCGAUGGGACGUCCAGUAAGAGAUUAUUGAACAAGCGAGUGGCAUUUCCAUUGUCUUCACAAACCUCCACUUCAGAGAAAACUAGUCCCUCACUUCCAUCUAACAUGCCUCCUAUUUUACUGUCUUCCCUGAAGACAGCUCUGCAUAAGCCCCUCGUAACUCCCAACAGUAAGGAUAUUAUGACAAAACCACUAGAGUCUGAUUUUGAUAAAAAUCAAGCUUUGACAGAAGUUAUGGCCAAUUUAGAAUCUGUGAUGAAUGAGCAAAAGAUGGAGAAGAAUAAGUUAGAGGAGAUACAAAAGAGACUGGAUAUCAUGAAGUCUGAUUGGUUAGAAGAUAAGUUGAAUGAUACAAUACAAAAAAGUGUGCUGGAUGUGUCAAAAGCAUUAUUAAGGAGAGAUGUCCAACAAGCCGACCAGAUUCACAUUAAUCUUAUGAUGCAGCAUGCAACCAUCUGUCGUACCUGGAUAUCCGCUAUUAGGCAUGUGAUAUUAGAAUUGAAAAAGGAAGACGAGGAUUUGCAUGUGAAGCGCUCGCAUUCACCUUUGUUAUCUGUAGAAAGAACAGAAAAGAAAUAAAUAUUUCAACAAGCGAGCUGACUGUAAUGAGAACGUAUGGCAUUGGAGAAUAGAUUUUUAUAUAUCAGUUACUUGCCACUUAAAGUUGUUUGCAACAGCGAAUGUGCAAUUAUUAUGUGCAAUAAUUAUAAAGAUAGAGUCAUUAUCGAUCGCAGGUACGAAUAAAUAAAAAGAAUGAGAAAACAGCUGUACUCAUAAAAGUUUUUUGUAUUUUUCAUUUCUCUCUUAUGUAUAUUCACAAAGGACAAUUACAUCUGACUUACUUACA